AAAUUCAAAAGUGAGAGUGAAAUGAAAUGUCAAAAUAUUUCACCACACAAAGUUGUUAUUUCAAAUAGAUUUCAUAACUACGAAAUCAGUUACAACAUUGUGCCACAAUAAGACAACGAUUACUCGUUAGAGCGAAGACUCUCAUAACAUUAUUAUAAUAUAACCAAGAAGGUCUUAAUAAGGAGACCGUGUUAUUGUAUCCCUCUUUGAUCAGUUGCAAAUAAUUUUGUUGAUAUUACGUCAUUGUAAAUAAUUUGGCAGUGUUUGUGUAGUUUGUUUGUUAAUGCUUAUUUGAAUUGUGGUGGUGCCGUGUGUAUUUUGAUGUGACCUUGAACCCGGGGAAACAGCUGUUAUUGUAUUUAUUAUGGACUCGUUCUUCAGUCUCUUCGAUCCGUCGGAGGGGAACGCUGCCAAGAAUAAUAAGAAGAGGCACAAAAACGAGGACAUCGCAAAGAAGAAUCCAGAUGCGCCCAAAGGACGUAGAAGAGGACGUCGCUCCCACAAAAACGAGACGCUCCCUGAAGAGUCUUCAUUUCUCUGUGAACCCGAUCUCAGUAACGAGAUACUCGUCAAAGAUUGCAACUACAUCGAAAACUACUUCGAAGUUAACAAACCAAAUGAGGAUCCAAAAACCGAGGACAAGAAACCACGCAGAAGAAACUCUGGUAGGAAGAAUAGACGGAAGAAGAACAAAAUAUCACCAGCCAAAGAGCUCCAGAACGGCACAUGGGAUGGGAGCAACGACCCGUUGGAACCGUUAAACAACCAGACGAACGUUCAGAAGAACUGUGAUGAGAAAAUCGGAAAGAACGUCAACGAUCUCAAGCUAGAUUUCAAAACACACAAACGGAAAACCAACGACGCGGAAUCAAAUUUCGCUGAUAGGAUUUACAAUGUUAUAGACAAGCUCGAGAAAGUUAGUAUCAAGGACAACAUGUACCUGGCCGGCGAUCUGAGCGCGGAGGACCUCGAGAGCGACUUCUUCUACAGUUCAGACGACAUGGACGACUUCUGUGACGAUACAACCUCGGAGGCGUCUGACUCUGGCGAGGAAUGCUACGGCAGUCUUCCCCCAGAACCUCGUUUCGGUAACGUUGAGUACAAACUGCAGCUGGUGUCGCCUUGCGAGAGAAGAUUCCAGCAUUUGGUUACACAGCUGAAAUGGCGUCUCCGCUCUGGCGGUGGGAGUGCGGUGUACGUGGUAGGGGUCCGGGAUAAUGGAGCGCUAGUAGGGCUCCAUGCGGGUGCGCUCCGAGCGUCGCUGUGCUCGUUGAGGGACAUGGCGAGAGCUCUGGGAGCUGUGAUCGUUAGCGCGCGCGCCAGACGAGUGACCAGUAGCCGGGCUGUCGCUGAGGUUUAUAUACGGAAGUUAGCGGACACUCAACAAAGUGUGGAACUGCGUGUGGCUGUGAUGGGGGCUAUAGAAGCUGGGAAAUCUACCCUCAUUGGGGUCCUAACACAAGGUGAAUUAGAUAAUGGCAGAGGCAGCGCUCGUCUGAAUAUGUUCAGACAUCUCCAUGAAGUCAGAAGCGGAAGGACGUCUUCGCUCAGCCACGAGAUACUCGGGUUCGACUCUCAGGGUAACGUGGUGAAUUAUGGCUGUUCUGAGCUGAUGACGGCGGAGCGUAUCGGAGAGAGGAGUUCCAAGCUGGUGUCUUUCUUAGACCUCGCGGGACACAGCAAGUAUCAGCGGACCACCGUGUACGGUCUCACGGGAUACUCGCCGCAUUACGCCAUGAUAGUGAUAUCAGCAACGGCUGGGAUAACACCGAUAACAGAAGAACACAUAGGUCUACUUCUUGCUCUGGAACUGCCUUUUUUCGCUGUUAUUAAUAAGACGGAGCUAGCUUCCAGCACUAAGGAGCUGGUGGAUAGGCUCGGAGAAAUACUUUCGACGGCGAACAAGAAACCUCUUCUCAUAACGGACGAGAACCUCGCGAGGAAUUGUAUAGCGCCGUCCAUAUUGGACUCCAUUGAUAAUGAGGAUAAGGAGAAUGAAGGAUCCUUCAUACCUGUGUUCCCUGUUAGCUGUGUUCGUGGAGUUGGUCUCAACUCAUUGCACGCGUACCUCCUCGCUCUCAGACCACCCGCUGGCGGCGUAGAGACUACAAGGGAAGAUGAGACCUGCGAGUUCCAAAUAGACGAGAUCUUCCACGUGGCGUCCGGGGCUCCGGUCGUUGGAGGUCUCCUGGCUCGGGGGGCGCUCAACGAGGGCGACACGCUGUUAGUGGGUCCAUUAGACAGCGGUCAAUUCGUCAAAACGACUGUGUUAUCCAUAUAUCGUAAUCGGGUUCCUUGCGCGUCCGUCCGCGCCGGACAGUCUGCCUCGCUGGGGCUCCGCCCCGGGCCAGUUCUGAGGCCCGGUAUGGUGCUCCUCGCUAUACCAGAAGACUAUGGCACGGGGGCCCGGCCCGCUUUCGGCGGCUGUGGGGGACUACGGUGCGGGGGGAGGGAGAUAUCGGAACUUGUGAAAUCGUCGCAGGAGAAGAACCGAAAGAACGCGAGGCGCAACAAGAACAUUAAGGAGAUCAACAUAACGGACAAACAUACAGACAAACUCACAGACGCUUUGGGGGACGGGGACUGCGUGUGCAGCGACGUGGUACCACUAGAAGACCCGAACGACCCAAGAGGUUGUAUUUACUUCCAGGCUAGCGUCCACCUCCUCCGACACUCCACCUCCAUAUCUCCAGGGUUCCAGUGUUCCGUACACGUGGGGAACGUGAGGCAGACAGCCAUCAUAGAGGGUAUACUGUCAGCGAUGUCUUCGCUCCGGCCCGGUCAGAGCGCGUGCGUGUUGUUCAGGUUUGCGCGCUGUCCGGAGUAUUUGAGGAAGGGCAGGAGGCUGCUGUUCACCGCCGGACUUGGGACCAGAGCCAUCGGAGUCGUGACGCAGACGUUCCCGUACAUACCGCAGCCGAAAGAUAAUUUAUAAUAUUACAAUAUAAUAUAUAGAGAAUGAUCUUAUGUUUCCGUUUCCGUUCUUUAAUCAAUCAUUAUUUAUUAACAUUCAGACACUUAACGAAACUAUUACUUGCUAUGACGUGACAAUCGACCAAUGAUGUUUAAGUUGGAUGACGUAAUACAAAAUGGCGUAUCUGUGUAUUGUAUUCAAAAAAAAAAUUAAUUAAAUCGCAAGUUUAUAUAAAACAGUCAUGUUGUGUUAUUUUUUAAUCUGUUUUAAUUAAUAUUAUAUUAUUCUAUAAUUAGUGUUGCCCAGUAAAAUAUUAUUACUUCACAAAAUUUCGUCUGUGUGAAAUAACAGCUGUUUAACACACGUGUCUACACUGUACUUGUAAAGUAAUUUUCGAUAAUCAUGAUAUAUGCGGGAUUUUAAGAAAUAAAUUAAAAAAAUACAUGUUCUAUUUAUUUUUAGACGAUAAUAAAAUAUAUUAAGAUAGAUCGCUCGUUGAAAUUUUCGUAUUUGUCAUAAUGACAGAUCAAUUUAUACUAAGUAUUGUGAAUUGAUUCUAUGUAAUAUUUUUCCUGCAUUAAUUUAUGCUAUUGUUUUGGAUGUAAAAAAUAAAAAUAGUCGAAUUUUUAUCAAAAAAAAAAAAUUAUAUAAUAAAGAAUUUAGUACAAUUGAA